UCUGUCGAGACACGUCCCCUCGAACACUCUCGUCCUUCUCGUAUUUUUAUUUGAACGGAUCGCGAAAUCAUAAACUUUUAAAUCGAUGAUCGCGACUGGACGAUAAAAAUCCAUCGCGAUGAUCGCAUCGAAAUUUUUUAAAUUAAGAACGAAUUAAUGGAGAAUACCAAAAGGUUCACCCCUAGCUUCGCAGGCCUGGAAUAAUUCCUCAACGUUUAUGUGACCUGGAUGUGAAUAUAUCCCAUGAAAUUUUUCCCCAAGACAUAUUUUGAAACUAUCACAAUGAUAACGCGAGAGAAGAAUCUGAACGAAAAUGCACGCGAGAACAGGCGCAAUUGAACUGUGAACAACCGACUUGGGAAUUUAAUCUAUCGUUAAUCAGUGUGAAAAUAGUUGAAUCAAGAUGAGUAAGGAAGGAGGCAACGAGGAAGCUGCACCUAAAGGUGGUGGUAACGAACCUAUGAAGAAAGAAUCGAGCACGGAUAUCUACGAAAAUCGAGGAUCCAAGAAAAUCAUACGUUUGGUCACGGUGCUGGCGUACAUGUUCUCCGUAAGUUUCGUGGCCAUAGUUUUGAGCGCGUACUACUUAUUCCUCUGGGAACCACCUAAUCCAAACCUCUUGAAAAGGCCAGUUCACUUGUCCGGCGAUCCUGAAAUACAAUUUCUCUUGAGCGAUCCGUCGAUCAUGUCGAAUCAUUCCGACGAAUUUUUGACCAACAACUUUCACACAAAGAUCACGGCUGACCAGGGAAACUUUAAUGCUUCGACGAAAACGUUCACCGGUCGUAUCGUCGGCGACACUUUCGAUGAAAACAACGUCACCGAUAGUCGUGGUCGCGUAACGAAAAAUUUCAACAACUUGAACGAUUCUUUGACCCUAUUGAGAAUCUUUUUAAUGGACUUUUUGCGAAAUGGAAGCAACGACUCGAAACCGGAUGAUGAUCCAUCUUGGAAGAGUUGGGGAACUUCCAAUUGCACCGAGUACGCUCUUCUCGAGAAAAGAAAAGAAUUGAACUCGACGAAAAAUUCCAGCGAAAAAGGGGCUAAGUUUGAAGCAAACUCGAAGAAGGUCGUCGAAAAUCGGACGAUAUACAAGGGAACACUUUCCUCGACGAUCAAGAAUCAAGAAAGGAUGAUUGGUGAUAACGGCACGCCUCCGACACAGGACUCUUCAACUAUUUCUGAAGACGAAGAAACCACUAAGAAUCGUUUCACGAGUGCCAGAAAUAGCGCCAUGUACGGAUCGUAUCGAGACGUUGAUCGGUUGAAUCGCAAUUUAAAGGGGAACCAUCAAGAAAAGAGAAAUAAAUACAUUCCAGCAAGCCAGGUAAAGGUAGGAACAGCUAUUACCGAAAACAGUAUAAAAAUUACGAGAGAGCCCGUUGAAAAUGUUUCUAAAUAUUCUACGAACGUUGAAGCAACUCGGAACGACAAAUUAAAUUCAUUCAGCGGAGGAUUUAUAGAUAAUGUUAAAACGACUACAAUCAUUGAUGAAUCUGACGUUAUUGUAACAACUACGAAUAAAGAAGAUCUCGAAAUUGGAACAAUCAUUCUUUAUCGCCUCAACGGAAGCACCUUAGCUGCGCAUCAGGACAAUUGCAACUCUAAUAUGAAUACAUUAUACUUUAAAGAACGUAAACCGAGGAUGCAGCUGCCGCGAAAAAUGAGCGCUCAAAAUGUGAAUCCAGAAAAAUUUAACUCAGACACGACGAACGUUAAUAAUACGGCAGGAAACCGCGAACAUAAGGGAACAGGCAAUGAAAUUCGAUUCGCAGGCGACGAAAGGAAGGACAAGUUGUACGAACCAAAACAUAAACAAAAAUUGGUACGCGUGUUGACGGUGGUGGCCUACGUUAUAUUCGUUAGCAUGGGAGCCAUCCUGCUGUCUUUGUACUAUACUUUUUUGUGGGAUCCCAAAGACGUACCGGUCAGGAACGAAACAAGAACGAAACAGGAAUGCGUCGAUGUAAAAUCGUCGAAUCCUAUCACCACACCCUCCACUAUCAACGAAACGCUAAUAGAAAGGAUGACAGCGAGGUUCACGGAAAACGAACAAACUCCAGAACCGAAAAUCGCAACCAUUCCGGAAACUACUCAACGACAAAAGGAUAUGUUGACGAUUUUAAGCGAAUCUACCGAAAUAUAUUCGAGUGUUUCACCGGCAACGACAUCAGAAGAUUUUCGGACUGAUUCGAAUACAACGAAAAGCGGAGAGACGUUUACUAAAAACCGUUCGGAAACUACUUCGUAAAUUCUUAAAAGUUUAAGGACAAUUUGGCAAGAAACAAACCAAGUAGCGUGAAUACUUCUUCAGAUUCGUUACAAGCGUUAAUACGUUGAUCUAGUUAACUCUAGCGAAAUCGACCCUUCAAUUUUAUAAAUUUUAUAAAUUCCCGCGAUUAGAAUGGAAGACGUUUAAAUGUAACUUCCAUUUACUCGGCAUUAUUUUUCUUUUUUUUUUUACUAGAAGCCUACAAUUCUGUGAAUGAUUUAGAACUAUAUAGAUUAAAUGAGAACCAAGAAUAGUCUACAACUCUGUAAGUAAAAAUCAUUGUAUAUUUUGUAGAAAGAAAAAAAUCGUUGGUCUGAGUAAUGAUUACUUAUUGAGAGCGCGCGCGAAGAUUUUAAUUUUGAUACUGUGUAAUGAUACGGUUGAGAAGAUGAUACGAUUUGCGCAAACAGCAUUAUUUCGAGGAAUUGUAAUCAGGAUUGUACUCGUUUGAAGGAAUUUUUAACUAUAUAAUAAAGAAAUUGAACAGAAUCAUAUCUGUGGAGAUACUCUUUGUUAUUUGUAAUAGAAAUAGAAAAUACAUUGCUCCUAAAUUGUU